AUUAAAAAAAAAAUCUCAAAUCCCAUUCUAACCUAGAACCAAGCCGUACCUACAAGAGUCUUAUGCCUCUACUAAAAAGAAUGCAUAAACAGAAGACAAAAGUUUUUAACAAGGAGAAGAAACCCUAAAAGCACAUCUCGUAUUCUUAGUAAUGGAAUUUUUUGCUGAUAAAGUAUCCCUCGACCAUGAAAUCGACUACAAUCCUAAGCCUGAAGACACGGGAAAAAUCAAAGUCUAUGCAAGUAUCCUAAUGUCGGAAGAUCCUAUAAGAGAUUGUCGGACAGUACUCGAAUUCUCCUUGCCUGCCAAAGAAUUUUGGGAUAGCUUCACAAGGUAUCAAUGGGAACAACUAGAUUGCUUAGAGGACGAUGAACAUCUCAAUCUCUUUCAGGUUGAUUCUGCAAGGAUGGAACUCACUACACGUGUCAUUGAUGUCAUGUUUUUCUCGGUUAGUAAUUCACCAGAUUGUGCUUUGUUAUUUUAUAUUACCUUUAAGUUCAGUCCUCCUCCUACGAUUGAAGAGUAUUUCCGGAAUAGACGAUCAUUAGAAGAGACGACGAUAUUCGAAGAGGAUAUGCAAGUCCCAUUUGAUGAGAGUACCAUCCGAUUUAGACCGGAAAGUAAGUUUGCGAUUGAGUCUUUGUCAAGGAAAGUAUACGAGAAGGCGACGACGUCCUGUUCCGACAUAUGCACAAUAUGUUUUACUGAGUUUAAAAUGGGAGAAAGAAUCGUGACUUUACCCUGUGGACACGAGUUUGACAAUAGCUGUAUCCUCGAGUGGUUUGCCACAAAUCAUGUUUGUCCAUUAUGCCGUUUCGAGUUACCAUGUGAAAAUUAGAUGAGCUAGUUCUUAGGUGAAACUAGCCCUCAUUCUUUGGCUUUUUAAGAGUUGAGUUUUUCAUAAAGUCGAUUUUUAUUGGGCCGUAAUGGGCUUCGUCUUAUGUCUUAUUGGGCUUACUUGUCGAGCAAAUCUUAUUUAGGGUUUACGAUAUGUAUAUAAACGUUGUAAAGCCGUCAAUGAAUAACACACACAAACAUUCUCUUUAUAUUCUACAUGGUAUCAGAGAGUAAAAUCCUGAACCAGUUUUGAUCAAUUGAUCUUUGUUCUUGUU